AUGGCUAUCGAUAUACUCGACAUUACUUAUGUAUUAAACCGUUACAUGUCACCAUUACUUGUUGUUCUUGGUACAAUCGGCAAUGCAUUAGAUAUAUACAUAUUUACCAGGAAAAUUCUUAAAGUUUAUUCUUGUUCAAUGUACUUUUUAGCACAAUCUACAUCAAAUUUACUUUUCUUGUAUCUUGUUUUACCGAUAAGAUUUAUGGUUAAUGGUUAUAAUUAUGAUUCAACAAUAUUAUCAUGGAGUUUUUGUAAAUUUAGUGCAUAUCUAUUAUACGCUUUACGUUUGUUACCAGCAGCAUUUUUAAUAUGUGCAUCUAUUGAUCGUUAUGCAUCAUCAUCCUCAAUUCUAAAAUAUCAUCAAUUAUCACAAGUAAAAGUAACAAAAUUUACAAUACCAACAAUAAUUCUUUGUUGUUUUCUUUUCUAUUUAUAUAUACCAAUUUAUUAUAAAAUAUAUCAGGUUCCAACGGGAGCACGUACCUGUUAUAUAACUGAUAGUCAAAUAAGUCAUUAUCAUAAUAUUUGUUAUACAAUUAUAACAUCAAUAAUCAUACCACUUCUUUUAGUUAUAUUUGGUUUAUUGACAUUAAAAAAUAUUCGACAACAUCGUCGAAGAGUUUUCAUAAGACAAGCGCAUAAUGAAUUAUUACAUCGUAAACGUGAUAGCCAAGUAUUAUUGUUAAUGUUCUAUCAAACAUCAAGUUAUUUUCUACUAUCAUUACCAAUAGCAAUUAUAUUAAUAUAUACAUCAUUUACAACAAAUUAUGUAUCAACAAAAAUAAUACAAUUUUGUUUAAAAUUUUUUAUUUUUUUAUCGUAUUUUAAUUUUAUUAUUGGAUUUUUUGUUAAUGUAAUAUCAGCAACAAUAUAUAGACAAGAAUUUUUAAAAUUAGUCAAUCGAUCUUUCACUAUUUUACGUCAGUUUACAACCAGUUACGGGUGUUAG